AUGAUUCGAUUAUCACCCGAUAGUUUCAGUCGUACAAUUGCCUUUGUUGUAGUCGCUUUUGGUAUAGUCGCUUUAGCAUUAGCUUGUGUUGGUAUUGGUACACCAAGGUGGUAUUCGGCCUAUGCCGUAACGGGUAGUGGAACUUAUGCGAAAACGAACAGUGCAAACUUUUUCUAUACAUGCAAUGUUUCGGCAAGUGGCGUAACCGAUAGUUGUACAAAUCGUGAUGGCAAUCUCUAUGGUUAUCCAGGAUAUAGUGCAGCAAAUCCAUGGAUGACUGAUUAUAACCAACGUAUGCAAAAUGCCGGCGCUCUAUGUAUUGUCGGCAUUCUCUUUCUUUUCUUGGGCACAUUGGCUACGUUAAUUAUGGCAAUUAAUUAUCUGCAUGCAUGGGCUACUCUCAUUCCAUCUGCACUACUCUUUCUUGCCUGCCUGUUCAUGCUUGCAGGCAUGGCUGAAGGUGCACGUUAUCUUAUCUAUAACGAUUAUUCAGCUAAUUUGUAUCAAACAGCUCAUUUACUUACGAUGUUUGCCCUUGCUUUAAGUGCUUUUUCUGCCGGUCGUAUUCAUUUUUCGUGCCGAGCCGAAACUGGUAACAAUAUUGUUCGCAAUACAACCUAG